AUGUCCCUCCUACCGCUCGCUUCCAUUGCUUCUCCAGACGAGUUGUGGGUCCGCCCCGCUCGGCCGACGUCAGCUGGACCCGACCCUCCCGGUUCUGUCCCAGGCCGGCCGGAGGAGCAGCAGCAGCCCCGGGACGGGAGCAGGACGCCCCGGGGACAGCGGGGUCCCGGACCCUUCCCGCCGCUCGGCCUCUGCCUGGGGGCGGGAUCAGCAAUUGAUACAUCGCCCCUUCUUGACGAUUGGCUGACGGAGGCGGUACGGUGGGGAUGGAUUGGCGAGCGGACCAAUGGUUCCAGCACCUCCUGUAUCUAUCUGGAUUCUAUCUGCAUCCCAUCUGGAUGUAUCACAGCUUGGUACAGCAACUGCUCUGCCCAGGACCGCAAGAAACUGCAGAGAGUUGUGGACACAGCCCAGCGCAUCACGGACACCAGCCUCCCCUCCUUGGACUCUGUCUUUACCUCUCGUUGUCUUGGCGAAGCAGCCGGCAUAAUCAAAGACCCCACCCACCCGGGUCAUUCUCUCUUCUCUCUGCUUCCAUCGGGUAGAAGAUACAGGAGCCUGAGGGCACGUACCACCAGACUCAAGGACAGCUUCUACCCCACUGUGAUAAGACUAUUGAACGGUUCCCUUAUACAAUGA